UCUCUCGAACUCGACGCUUCACUCCGCUCGCUGCGGGAGACAAGUCUUGUUGUACCUACAGCGCUACCGUCUUGGAAAUCCUCGCGCUCAUUCCCCGCCACAUCUGCAGCGACAGCCAAGAGCUUCCGAACCCCGGCGCCUGCCUGCCACCGCUGCAGCCUCAUAGUCGACCUCGGUCGCACCUACCUGCACCUUUCUUCUCACACACCACACACGACUCACACAAUGGCGGCGAACGAGUACUACAACAACAACUCCUCCUACCCACCCACGGGCCCUGCGACAGGGCAUGCUGCCAGUCCGCACGACCGAACAGACGGGCCGCUACCGCCCGUGCCAGGCAAGCAGUCGCAGCACGCCGUCUCGCCUGUCUCCUCGCCCUUUGAAGACACCAACUACCCGCCCUACCCGCCCGCCGGCAACAACGCCACACAGUCAUCGGGCGCUCUUGGCGGCUAUCCAGACACGUCGUACCACGGGCCGCCGCAGUACGCGCAGAACACGUCUGCUUCACCGUACGACACACCGUCGGCGCAUGGGCAUAACGACCCCUUCGCCGACCAAAACGCCAUUCCGCUGCAGCAAAAAACGAGCGGGAUGAGCCAGCAACCGCUCGCAUACAACGCAGACCCGGAGGGACGGUAUCCUGCGCCGGAGAAGAGGAGGAGGAAGCACAGGAAGAAGAAGGAGGGCUGGUUCAGCGGGCGAAUAACAUGGGUCGUCUACAUCCUCACCACUGUCCAGAUUGGCGUCUUCGUGGGCGAGCUGAUCAAGAACGGCAUUCUCACCGGGUCGCCCAUCCAGACCAAGCCCAACUUCAACAUCAUGAUCGGGCCCUCGCCCUACGUCUUGAUCAACAUGGGCGCCCGCUUCACGCCCUGCAUGCACAACAUCAAGAAAAUCAUCGAAGGAGGGAUCACAUCUUGGCCCUGCCCCAACACGACCUCGCUGGAUGCCGGCAGUCUGACCUGCUCACUCAACGAAUUCUGCGGCCUUGGUGGUGUCCCAGACCAGAGCGAUGUGAAAGACUUCAGGGACCGCUCCAAGGAGCCGAACCAGUGGUACCGCUUCAUUGUCCCCAUGUUCCUCCACGCAGGUCUCAUUCACAUUGGCUUCAAUAUGCUGCUCCAACUGACGCUGGGCCGGGACAUGGAGAAAGAGAUUGGGCCCAUAAGAUUCUCCCUGGUCUACUUCAGCGCUGGAAUUUUCGGCUUUGUGCUGGGCGGCAACUACGCUGCGGAUGGCAUCACCUCGGUCGGUGCAUCCGGCUCGCUCUUUGGCAUCCUAGCACUCACGCUCCUCGAUCUCUUCUACAACUGGUCCUCGCGCCGCUCGCCUGUGAAGGACCUGCUCUUCCUACUCCUCGACAUUGCCAUCGCCUUUGUCCUCGGCCUGCUCCCCGGUCUCGACAACUUCUCCCACAUCGGCGGUUUCCUCAUGGGCAUCGUGCUGGGCAUCUGUCUCUUGCACUCGCCUCACGCGCUGCGCGAGCGCACAGGCGAAGAUGAGCCGCCGUACACCAGUGUGGAUAAUCCGAUUCACGAUCCGCAGACGGACCCCACGCACCCGCCCAUGGCGAGCAAGAGCCCCGUGGUCGGACUCAGCCAGUUUGCCAAGCAGCCCAUGAGCUUCUUCAAAGGGCGCAAGCCGCUGUGGUGGGCGUGGUGGAUUCUGCGCGCCGGUGGUCUCGUUGCAGCUUUUGUUGGCUUCAUUCUCCUGCUCAGGAACUUUUACGAAUGGCGCAACACUUGCUCCUGGUGCAAGCACCUUACGUGCUUGCCCAUCAAGACGAACGGAGUAGAGUGGUGCGAUAUUGGCGGUCUGAACUUGACAACCACUUCAAAUCAGAGUUCGAAGAGAGAGGUCGGAUUUGACAUGGCCGCGUAUGCUUUGGACAGCUUCGCUGGGUCUUACUAGGGACUUGGGGAUUUGGUGUCUUGAACAGCAGCUUGAACACUGCUGCUAUGGAGAAGGGAGGAAUAUGCAUACAGCCAGGCGUCUAUAUAUCUUAGCAUUAGCGAGUGGUGUCAGUGAACUAUCAUGCGACACGGCCAAGACUCUGCACCAGACACUCUGGUCAUGAUCAAGAAUUGUACAAUUACUGUGUUUGGAG